ACGUGCAGCAGCUUUCAGGUCAGAAGAGGAAGAACCCUGCAGUCAGAUGGAUGCACUGCUGCUGCUGCUCAGCCUCGCUCUGUGUGGCGGGGUGUCGGCCAGGUCGAGAUGGAGUGAGAAGCCGUGGAUCAGCGUCAGCAGCCCGGUCGUGGUGGCGGGGGAGUGGCUGACGGUGCUGUGCGGCGUUCCCAUCGACUACACCGGCGGCGAGUGCCGUCUGUACCGGGGCGACGCGCGGACGCCGCUCAGCGUGAUGACCACCCACGACUACGUCUGCCGCUUCGUGCUGCCCGUCCGGCGGCUGAUGCGCCGCCUCCCGGUCGGGGGCCGCACCUCCGUCAGGUGUGACUACCACCUGCAGAGCUACACGUCCGAGUCCAGCGACAACACAGCCCUGUUCCUCUGGGAGAGCGUCAGUGCUCCCGUCCUGUCUGUCAGUUCUCAGGUUGUGUCAGUAGAGGGCAGCGUGGAGGUGCGCUGCUCCUCGUCCUCGUCCCCGUCCCCGUCUGUCUGUCACUUCUCCAGCGACAGGGCGUCUCUGGGCUGGGCGUCCUGCAGCGCCAACCUGACGGCCCGCAGGCUCGCCGCCGGCCAGCAGGCGGCGCCGCUGCUUCCUGUGCGGCUGAGCUGCAGCUACGAGCAGGAAGAGCUGCACCGCCGCUCUGAGCCGAGCGAGCCGCUGCUGCUGCUGCUGCUGGAUGUGAGCCAGCUGGCUCCGGCUGCUCCGGGCUCCAACAGCUCCACGGUGCUGUGUGAGGCUGAGGGGGCGGAGCCACACAUGAACGCCACCAACCUGCCUGACGGCCUCACCCUGAUCCUGCGGCCCGCCAACGGCAGCUCGCCGCUGAACACACCCUGCACGUACCUGUAGAGGUGCACGUGGACAGGAAGUGCAGGACGGCGUGAUGCGACACGUUUAGGUUUAGUUUCCGGGGGGAAGCAGAGCUGCGGCCUGCAGGUCCCGCCCCUCGGCUUCAGCCACACCAGGAAGUGAUUUAACCAAAACUUAAGGUUUGUGUAAGUAAAAUAAACUUUUUA